AUGGCUUGGCGUUGUUCCGGUCGCACAAACGCAGACUUGAUCAAAAACAUGCACACAGCACGAAUUAUCACAACAGAUAGAGUGGACGAGGCCAUGACAAAAGUCGACCGUGCCAAUUAUGUCAUGCACAAAUCAGAGGCAUAUGAGGAUUCCCCUCAAUCCAUCGGGCAUGGCGCGACCAUAUCCGCACCACACAUGCACGCACAUGCAAUCGAGCACCUUCUCGACUACCUUGGCCCGGGCAAGCGCGUCCUCGAUGUCGGCAGUGGGUCCGGCUACCUUUGUGCCGUAUUCCACCACCUCGUCCCAGGCGGCGUUGUCGUGGGGAUCGAUCACAUCCCCGAACUGGUUGAUUGGUCAAAGGGUAAUCUUAUACGAGAUGGGCUGGGCUCCGCUCUCCACAAGGGCGAGAUAGUCACCGUCACUGGCGAUGGUCGCCAAGGAUAUACCGACCUUGCCAAAUACGACGCAAUUCAUGUCGGUGCCGCUGCACCGACAAUCCCACAGGAGCUGGUAGAUCAGCUCAAGAGCCCUGGGCGGAUGUUCAUACCAGUCGGGACAUUUGCUCAACAGAUCAUGCAAGUCGACAAGGACGAGAAUGGUAAGGUCACAAAGAAGAAUUUGAUGGGGGUCAUGUAUGUCCCCCUUACGGAUGCAGAGAGGCAGCGGAGGGGCUACUGA